CUCCCGCUCCUCCUCCUCCUCUUCCUCCUCCUGCGCCUCCUCCUCCUUCUUCUCCUCCUCCCCCUUCCCCCCCGCGCGCCGCAGCAGUCCUUCGGCCGGAGCAGGCGCCCCCCUCCUCUCCCAGAGAGCCACCGGGGCCCGGCCGCCCCGCCGUUCGUGGGGACAGCCAUGGCGCUGAACGAGAGGCACAAAUGGAUGGCCGCGAAUGUUGCCGCUGCCUUCAACAUGUCCGACAGGGUGUCCACCAUCGAGGAGACCCUCGGCGAGUACAACAAUCUCAAGAAGUUGAACGACUUCUUGGAGGGGAAGAGCAAGCACAAGCACAUCUUCAUCUACCACCAGAGGGCGGACAUGCCGAACGACAUGGGUGAGCUGGUAGAUGCCAAGGGGGAGCCGAAAACGAUGAUCACCACCGGUGAGCACGAGGACAUGCGAAUCAAGAGCCGCGCCGUCUAUUUCCUCAGAAACGUGCCCGACCAGAAGGAGGUCAAAAAAGACAUAGCUUGCGAUGGAGAGCUCCUCUUCGGCGAGAUGGCGGCGUCGCCCCUGGAGAGCCUGAACACCGGGCUCAUGGACGUCUUCCGCCCGCUCGUCACUCACCCGGGGAGCAUCGAUUGGGCUAGCUGCGACUCUGAGCAGGCGACGGAGUUCCGCUCCAGCCUGGACCGCUUCACGACCGAGCUCUCAGAAGGCAUCAAGUCCCUCUCUGGUGGCAUCGACCUGGGUAGUCCAGAGCCCAAGGACAUAGAGAUCUAUCGCUCCGUCAGCCACCCUGACAUUGCGAAGGA